CCCAUAAACCAUCGCGCGGGGAGGCGGGGAAAUAGCUAGUUGUCAGAGCAACUUGCAUGUCAUUAGAUUUACCCCGCCCACUAAAUCGCCUCCAGCCAAUCAGAUGCCGUAGAAAUGACAUCAUUGUUAUUUUCUGUGGAGCUGCAGCUUAGAGGUGGAUAAAGUUCGUCUCCACGUUGGAAGUGAUAGAAAGUAUUAUCCCUAUUCAGACGGUGUUUGUAGUUUUGGGGACCGGAGCCUUCAACUCAGGACUUUUGAGGUGUAAAAACGGCGACUUUCGGCGGCGCGGCGACGACGUUUUAUUUGUAACAGGAGCGGCUCACGAGAGAAAAGUUUUGUCUGGACACAAAGUUGUCAAGUGAGUUAAACUUCAACAAUAGACUGCCUCUGUCACAAGACAGUUGAGAGAGGGAGUCGCUGGAUUUAUGUAAACAGACGAGUUUGGACUUUUAAAAAAAGGAGAGACGGCCAUACAAACUUUAUGUCCAGAAAUAUGGAAGCGACUUUCUACGACGAAGCCGUGAAUGGCUCCAACUCGCAGCGUGACGGGGCGGCCAUAUGCGGAUUCAACCCCAAAACCCUCAAACAAACCAUGACCCUAAAUCUAAACGACCCGAAAACCUUCAAACCGCAUCUGGGCGCCAAGGCCCUGGACAUCCUCACGUCUCCCGACGUCGGGUUACUGAAGCUGGCCUCGCCUGAACUGGAGAGGCUGAUCAUCCAGUCCUGCACGGGACUGACGACUCCCACCCCGACCCAGUUCAUCUGUCCCAAGAACAUUACCGACGAGCAGGAGGGCUUCGCCGAGGGCUUUGUGAGGGCUCUGGCGGAGCUCCACUACCAGCAGCAGAUACCACCCGUCCACCCCGACGCGCACACCGGCGCGACGAACGGCAUGGCCCCGGGCUCCGCCGCGUCCGAGAGCGGCGGGAUCCCGUACAGCUGCACGGUGUCCACGGAUCCUCCGGAGUACACAAACCUGGGCAGCUUCAGCCGAUCCGCGGGUUCCACCGCUGCACCUGCCGGCGAGAGGCACCCAUCUGCAAGUUACCCAGGCCCCCCGCAGCCGUCCCACAACCACAUGGACCACCAGCUGGCGGCAGCGCGCCACUCGCGCCUGCACCCGCUCAAGGAGGAGCCGCAGACGGUGCCCGAGAUGUCCGGCGAUACCCCGCCGCUGUCCCCCAUCGACAUGGAGAGCCAGGAGCGCAUCAAAGCGGAGAGGAAGCGCAUGAGGAACCGUGUGGCCGCGUCCAAAUGCCGGAAAAGGAAGCUGGAGAGGAUCUCCCGGCUCGAGGAGAGGGUCAAAAACCUGAAGAGCCAGAACACGGAGUUGGUUUCCUCCGCUAACGUCCUGCGGGACGAGCUGGCUUUGCUCAAGCAAAAGGUCAUGGACCACGUUAACAGCGGCUGCCAGCUCAUUUUGACGCAGCAGCUCCAAGCUUACUAGACUGCGGGGGGGAGGAGGAAGAACCAUGGGACAUUUCUUGGGGACCAAAUGCAGCUUAAAGUGGCAUGUUCAGCCUUGUAGGGCCUUGAGUACGUUUUCGUGUUUCCCCACCAAAUAAACUGCUCAGGCUGAUGAUGACUGACAAGAUAAUUGUAUGAUGUAUUAGAGCAGAGGCCACCAAACCUAUGCAGCUCAGAGGGAACAUUUGCUCUAAUUACCCCCUGGUGUAACUUGUUACACUUGCUUUCUGGCAAUUUUGUCUUUUUUUUAAUUUACAUCAUGCAAAACCUUAAUGUGUAUUCAGCUAAGGCACGGUAAUAGGGAAAGGGUCUUUACCUUUGUCAUGAGGUCAAUUGUUUAUGACCCACGGUCUUCCAUCCUGACAGGACUGUCAGAGCUUUUGUGGGAUCAAGUUUCAAACACCGCAAAACAGACUUGCCAAGCAAAUUUUCUUCUAUCAGGUAAAAAGACUCGAGUUAAGCACUGACCCACCAGCAACUACAUGUACAGAUUAACACUAACAGGAAAAGUUUCACACCUUUAUAGGACUCUUAUAGGUGUGUAUGUGUGUGUUGCGUUUACUGACAAAACCUGCCUUACUUUUUAAUGCUUAUGUUCAUACAACAUUGUGAUAUAGGCAAAACUAAUGUUGUACCUACAUUAACACUUUGUAAUAACGUUUGUACGCUGUAUUUUGAGCACUUGAACUGUAAAUAUGAAAUAAAAUGUUAGACACCAUAAA